AUGAGCGUUACGUACGACGUCUUCCGUGGCUCUGCCGAGGGUCGCAUUGUCGCUGACAAGGCUACUUCCACCCUUGGACACAACGAGGUCUUCAUUGAGACCACUCACUCUGGUCUUUGCGGCACAGAUGAGCACUACCUCAAGACCAACCAGGUGCUCGGUCACGAGGGUAUUGGAAUCGUCAAGUCUCUUGGCCCCGGUGUUACCUCCGUGAAGGUUGGAGACCGUGUUGGAUUCGGAUACACCCACAGCAUCUGCACUGCCUGUGACAACUGCGCUACUGGCUGGGACCAGUACUGCGAGAACCAGAAGCAGUACGGCUUCCACGACUUCGACAAUGGAACCUUCAGCUACGGUGCUGUCUGGGACGCCAACUGCGUCUACCCAAUCCCCGAUGGCUAUGACUCCGCGUACGCUGCUCCUCUUAUGUGUGCCGGUGCUACUGUGUGGACCGUCCUGAGCGAGUAUGGCAUUCGCUCGACUGACCGCGUCGCCGUCAUGGGCAUUGGUGGUCUUGGUCACGUUGCCAUCAAGCUGGCUGCUGCGAUGGGCUGCCACGUCGUUGUCCUUUCCAGCUCCGAGUCCAAGCGCCAGGAAGCUAUGGACUUUGGUGCUUCUGAAUUCCACGUUUUCAAGUCUGGUGGCCCCGUUCCUGAGGGCUUCAAGCCCGUCAAGCACCUCUUGCUUUGCGGCAAUGCUGGUGUUGAUUACCCUUCUCUUAUUCCCCUGAUGGCCACCCACGGCAGCAUUUACCCUCUGACCGUGGCUUUCGAGCCUGCCAAGGUGCCCAUGCUCGGCCUCGUAUGGAGGGGUGUCCGCAUCCAGGGUUCCCUGGUCGCUUCUCGCCAGAGUAUCCGCAGCCUUCUCGAGUUCGCUGCUAGGAAGAAGAUCUACCCCACUAUCAUGACUUUCCCCUUGAACAAGGAGGGUAUUGAGGAGGCGAUGCAGACCCUGCGCGAGGGCAAGAUGAGAUACCGUGGUGUGCUGGUUCGCCAGUAG